UGACCUCGGGGGCUAAUCAGAGGCAGUGGGACGAACUCCUCGCGAUAAGUGAAGUUGAAGCUGCCUCCGCCAUUUUGGAGAUGGGAGACGGGCGAUGGCUGUGGUCUUUCUGCUAAUGCAAACAACAAAACGGGCACAUUAGUCACACCCGAGUGAGGCUAUCAUCACUUUAUCUGUUAACCAAAGCUACAGAAGAAGCGAGAGUGUCAAAAUCGACCGCGGGGAUAUUGAUAGCUUCACCUGCCUGCGGUGGCGGCAGAAGUGAAGUGACUGAGUACCGGAAGGAUGGUGCAGUCCUGUUCCGCCUACGGUUGCAAGAACAGAUACGAUAAGGAUAAGCCCGUUUCUUUCCACAAGUUUCCUCUUACUCGACCCAGUCUUUGUAAAAAAUGGGAGGCAGCCGUCAGAAGAAAAAACUUUAAACCCACCAAGUACAGCAGUAUUUGUUCAGAGCAUUUUACUCCAGACUGCUUUAAAAGGGAAUGCAACAACAAGUUACUGAAAGAGAAUGCUGUACCCACAAUAUUUCUUUGUACUGAACCACACGACAAGAAGGAAGACCUUCUGGAGCCCCAGGAACCGCUUCCGCCGCCUCCUCUAACACCUCCUGUUUCCCAGGUUGACGCUGCUAUUGGAUUACUAAUGCCUCCCCUUCAGACCCCUGAUAACCUCUCAGUUUUCUGUGACCACAACUAUACUGUGGAGGAUACAAUGCACCAGAGGAAGAGGAUUCAUCAGCUAGAACAACAAGUUGAAAAACUCAGAAAGAAGCUGAAGACUGCACAGCAGCGGUGCAGAAGACAAGAACGGCAGCUUGAGAAAUUAAAGGAGGUUGUACACUUCCAGAAGGAGAAAGACGACGUAUCUGAGAGAGGUUAUGUGAUUCUACCACAUGACUACUUUGAAAUAGUCGAAGUACCAGCAUAAAAAAACGAAAUGUGUAUUGAUUUUUAAUGGGGGCAAUACCACAUAGCCUCUUCUAGCCUGUAGUUUCAUUUGAAAAAGUAAAUACUGGAUUACUUGUACAAAAACAAUUCAAGAAUAUUUUUUUAAAAAAUAAAUUAGAUAUAUACUGUAAAAUUGUAAUUUUUUUGUUUCUAAUUUCAGGGUUUUUACAUUUUAACAAAAUAUUUUAGAAGUUAUAAACUAACCUCAGAGCUUCAGUGUAAGUUGAUUUUGAGAUUGGGGAUUUUUGCUUUUCUAAUUUGGGUAUUUAUAGAAAUAAUGUAAAAAUUAAAGAGACUAACAAGAGUUCAUGAGUAAGGAUGAUUUAACUCUAAGUUUAAAGUUUCAAAUUUAAAAUUAAUGUACUAUAUUAAGAGCACUCAGUUAUAUUUUGAAUCAGAAGUAUGGUUCAGAUAAUGGGACAUAACUUCUCAGAGUAUAUAUAUACAUACUCACACAUUCUUAUUUUUUAAAUCAGAAGGUUUGUGUAUCUUUUUGAAUCGCUUCUCAAGGAUAAAUUAGCAGGUCGGUACUUAUGAAAUAAGAUUUGGUGGUUUCCAGAGCAGAGAAUGAAGAGUCUUUCCAUACCUAAUCAAUAUGGUAAAGCCACUUUAUGAAGGGGGCCCAUCUGUCUUCCCCCACUGUCUAACAUUAUAAAAUUAAAAGUUCUCUCCAGCGGAAGAAACAGUCUUCAGUAAACAAAGUAGGCAGUGUUAUCAAGGAAGUAAUAAAACUGGGGGUCUGAUCCGUAGCAUGCCUUUUUCUAUUCUUACCCCCGAGCUAAGGGGCAGCCAAUUCCCCACCUGUAGUUCAUCUGUGUUCACUUCGCUAACAAACGUGUUGUGUUAGAGUUUGAUUUGUGUCAUAACGUGGUAAUCUUGCAUUUGACUAAUUGAUUUUGGUAAAGGCCUCACAUAAAAGAAAAGUUUUCUUCGCUUUUAUCCCAAGCUCGAAAUCAUAUCCCAUUUAUUUAAAUGAGUGAUUUGUAUUCAAAAGUAACCCAAUAUGUAGUGUUUAUUUUACCGAAUGUAGAGAUUUAAACACUGAGGUUUCUGUUCAAACUGUGAGUUGUGUUCUGACUUUGUGAGAAGUUUAACAUAUAUUUGAAAUGAAAAUAUGUUCCAAGUAAAUAAAUAUUGCUGUAGGAAUUAUCUAUUUAGAUUUAGAAUAACUGUUUCAACUCUAAUUAUUAGUUUAUAUUUCCAAGUACGUUGAAAUAGUCGAAGAUUAAUAGACCUUCAAAGACAGUAUUAAAGAUGUAAAACAAUGAUGUUUAGAAGUGUCUUCUGUAGACCUGGUUUACAGUGUAAUUCACUGCCACGCUGCCAGUGGACAGCACUUUGAUGCACGGAGAUUUGAUUUUCUUAUGAACCAAUAUUUCAAAAAUAGAAACUACUGAUUAGAUUCCUUGAAGUUACACAACUUCAGAUAACACUAUUUAGAAUUAAUCUUAACUAAUCAGGGGACUUUUAUGGUUAUUCAUAGGUCUCAUAACUUUCUCUUGAAGCCACAAAAUCUCCAAAUAGUUUAUUUUUACAUUUCAUCUCUAGCAAUUCCUAGAGGAUAAGAGGAUAAAUAUUUUCCCAGGUAUACACCUCUAAUCUAUCUUCUACAUAAAAGAUAAUUGCUCUCUCUCUCUCUUUUUCUCCCAGAACCGAGAAUCCAGCUUAGGUUGUAAAAGUGGUAAUCAGGAUGGUUUAGAAUCUUAGCACUGUGAUACAAGCUGAAGCUGUUAUUCUUUUUGUAACAGAUAUAAAUCCCUGUUUGGAGAGAGCUGAGCAAGCAGCAUGUAUAACAACUGCUUGCAUUUAAAUUAUUUAUCCUAGUAGUUUAAAUACAAGGAGUUGGAGGUACGGGUGCUUAUUUCUGAAAUGUAAGAUGUCACAUUUGUUGAAUAUUUUAAAGUUGCGUUUUGUCAGUUGUGUUGUUUAUUACAUUGCCAAGAAAGGAAGAACAUUUGGGCUGAAAAAGAGCCUGUUGAAGCAUAGCGAAACUCAUUAAUCUGAAACAAACAAGGACGAGGCCUCAAUCUGGAACAAAUGGGGCAAAGGCCCAUGUGAAUUGUAGCAUAUUCUGAGAAAUGAAAUUUACUUUAGGCAUAUGUAGUAACAUACUGAAAUUUCCAUCUAUGUAUCAUACAAUAAUUUGGCAGUAAUGGUGAAAAGUGAACUGUUUCUUAAUACUAGAACCAGGGCUUCGAACAGGUUGUCUUGGCCAAUGAAGUGAAACUGGCAUGGAUCCGAAGUUUUAGAAUUUGGGUGAUCCAAAAUGAUAACUAGGACAGGAAAAAUUACAGGUUGAAGCCCGGGAAUGGGAGACCUGGAAGAGGCAUAGUGAGCCCUUUCAGAAACCUGAUGCAUAAAAUUGGAUUAUUGGCAGGGCUUUGGAGAGCGACACACAUUCAUAGCGGCGCAAUUGGCCACCAUCUUUGAGUGGGGCACUGCUGUUUCCAACUCUGCUCAAAAUCCAGUGGUUGCUAUAGAACAUGUACGCUGCCUUUAUUUUCUAAGAGGGGAUUAAGUUUCCUUCAGGGCUUUCACCUGUAAUUUUUUCCACUCCAGUUAUUGUUCUGGUUCAGUUUGGGUCUAUUUUGGUUUCACGGUGAUUAAGAGUUCGGCUGCUAACCAAAAGGUUGUCAGUUCUAAUCCACCAGCUGCUCCUUGGAAGCUCUAUGGGGCAGUUCUACUCUGUCCUAUAGGGUAGCUAUGAGUCGGAAUUGACUCGACGGCAACAGGUUUGGUUGUUGUUUUUUUGUUUUUUUUUGUAGAAAUCAUUGAACACUAGCCUAACCUCCCAGCCCUGUGGAAAUCUUCUGUAGUAUCCCUGAAAAGUGGUCAUUUAUUCUGUUUACCAUUUAUGUUUAAGUAGUUAUUGUACUUAUGUUCUUUAAAAUAGGUUUCUGGAUUAGAGUGAAAUCAGUUGCCACUUUUUAUACCUCUGCUUUCUAAAACAAUGUAAGCUUCACUUUGAACUGUUUCUUAGUUAGAACAAAUUCAAAGUUAAUUUUACAGUUUUAUAAAAUAAUUUAAAUGUUUUCUAAUUGUAUACCUGUUAUGUGUACUUAAAAUAAUUCUGUCAUUGCAGCAAAGAAACAAUGGUGUUUACAAAUUGUUAGCAAAACUUUUUACUUGGAAAUCCAAGAAGGUGAGGGACUGUUUUCUUUUUUAAGUAUAACUUGUGUAAUUCCUUAGAAGUAUAACAGUAAGUUAAAGAUAAAUUAAAGUUUCACUUGAUAUGCAUUUUUUGAGCUUAAUAUUCUCUGAUCAUCUUUAUUAAAAAAAAAAAAAAACUGUACACACAUACACAAACCCAA